CAGGUAUAAAAGAGCUGAGCGCUUUGCAGUCCAACAUCCAGCUUCUUGACUCCACUUGACUCCCCUCAUCUCCUGGGACUCCUUGCUUGCGUGGAAGAUGUCCUGCUCCAGCCUGUGUGCCCCUGCCUGCGGUGUGGCCGCCCCGGCCCCGCUGGCUGACAGCAGCAACGAGGCCUGCGUGCGCCAGUGCCCCGACUCCACUGUGCUGAUCCAACCUCCACCUGUCGUGGUCACCAUGCCCGGGCCCAUCCUCAGCUCCUUCCCGCAGAACGCUGUAGUUGGCUCAGCAGGAGUCCCCGCCAUCGGAGCAGGCCUGGGUGGCAGCUUUGGACGCAGUGCCGGCUUUGGAGGCCUGGGAGGCUAUGGAGGCUCUUAUGGCCUUGGCGGCAUUGGGGGCUAUGGAGGUUUUGGCAGCUGUGGUUUCGGUGGCUUUCGCCGAGGCCUGAGGUCCUUCGGGGGCAGCUGCGGUCCCUGCUAAGCACAGCACUGCGUCCAGCCACAGUUGAAGGAGAGCUCUGGAGAAGCCCCAGCACAUCCCUACCUGACACCGUGAUGAUGGGCUCCCCUUCAGCAUCUCUCAGCUCCUCUGUUUGGAUGCCUCGUGUACACACAGGGUCCAGCUCUGUCUUCCUCUACUCCACAUCAGCUUUGCUUUAGGACUCAUGACUCUGUGAUGACACCACCAUGUGCUGGCUGCCUGCUCCUUUCCAUCUACCCUCUUCAAGAAGAUGGGGACAGCCUCUGCACAGGGGCUGCCUUUCAGUCACCUCCCUCAAUCAUGGAACCUGCAAUAAAAUCCAUCUUGCAUCACAGUUUCCAUCUCCGUGUUUUCUUUCACCCCUCUUCUAUCCCCACUUCCCACUGUAGCCACAAUGGGGCCAUCACUGCCAGUUUACAGGUGAGCCUUCUCAGGAUCACUGUGGGCACUGCCCAUGUUCUUCUCACCUUCCCUGGGCCCAGCAGCUCCAGUAGGAGCUUCCCCAGGUAGGCUCCAUACAUUGCCUUCAGUACCUGCUCCCACAUCAGUGCUGUCACU